GCCUGAUGUUUAGAGAAAAAUUGUGAUUUUACACAACGUAGAAACCUAAUAUUACACAAAUGACUUUGCAAAAUGACAGGUAUUCGUAUUAGCAUUGUAGCUUUUAUAAUACAUUGAUGUAUUUACUGUGUUGGGCUACAUGUCAGUUUCUAGAGCCUAACAUGUGCUUCAAAAGUAGCUAGACUUCAUAUAGACCCAAUAUAGUAUCUCAAUCAAUAACAAAAUAAAACAUGUAUUUUCUGUCGCUUCUAAAUUUCAUGUGGCGUUCCAAUUUUUUAAAUUGGGAGCACCGGUGCAGCCAAUUAAAAACGUUCAUUUAGAGCCCUGAUUUGGGGUUGGCUAAUUCUUCAGACUUGAACAACUAAUCCUCGUUUAAGGAAUUAUCCCUGCUGCUUUUGACUCUCUCCGAACAUUCCCCGGGUGUGAAGGUCUGUCUGUAUACAGCUGACUGCUCGUGGGGUAGUGCGCUGCAGAGGGAGUGUCGUGUGAGAGUCGACCAUUGCCUCCUGGAAUUUCACUCAUCAAUAUCCACUCAAUUCCUAUGAGAAACUAUUUCCAUCUGUCAACGCAAUGGACCCGCAUAGUCAAUGGAUUUAAAUUUGCUGCUCUGACCUGACCGCCGUCGUCUAGAACGACUUCUCCGCAAGCAAGGAACGCCGUCCGCAAACGAGGAACGCCGUCUCUCCAGGCCGUAGCCUACGCCGUAGAACGACUUCUCCGCAAGCAAGGAACGCCGUCCGCAAACGAGGAACGCCGUCUCUCCAGGCCGUAGCCUACGCCGUAGCCUACGCUGCAAGAAUGGGAACCGUGCUCUCCAUAUCUCCAACAUCGAAGAAGGAGGCUAUUCUGGGUGACAGAAAAGAGGGUGACCACGCAAUCAAAACGGGUGGCGUAAAGAACAAUUCCAUGCUUGUCCCAGUUCUCACAUUGAAGAAACUGUUUACCACAUCGACCAAGAAAAAUAGUUGUAAGAAAGUCAACCCGAACGCGGCACAGGUGAACAACAACAGCCACGUAGACCAGCAAAAUAAUGAAAAUAACAAAAAAUCCCAGCAAUUGAGUACGGAUGGUAAGAAAGCACCACUUGCUGUACCAGUGCCGGUGGUUCCUACCCAGAGCCUUGAACCUAACCAGCCCCAGGUUCCCUCUGAGAAUGUGAAGCUUUCGCCUGUCCAAAAGCAACCUAGUAAAGUAGACCUCUCGCCGAGGCGUGUGAUUAUCCAGGCAUCGACCGGGGAGCUGUUGCGCUGUCUUGGCGAAUUUGUGUGCAGGAGAUGCUGUAAAGUCAAUCUCACCUACAAUGAGGUCAUCCUAUGGUUCCGAAAUGUCGACCGAACCCUUCUCCUCCAAGGCUGGCAGGACCAGGGAUUCAUUACACCUGCUAACUUAGUCUUCGUCUACCUGCUCUGUAAGGAAUCGAUACCCGAUGAUAUCGACAGCGCAUCUGAACUCCACGGUAUCUUCCUGCUCUGUCUCUAUCUAUCCUACUCGUACAUGGGUUGCGAGAUAUCAUACCCUCUGAAACCUUUCAUGAUUAUGGAAAAUGAGGAUAAUUUCUGGGAUUGUUCUAUGAGCAUCAUCAAUAACACGAGUGCCAAAAUGUUGCAGUUAAAUGCAGACCCGCACUUUUUCACGGAGGUGUUUCAAGAGCUAAAAGAUGAAGGCGAGUCGAGGGACAAAGACUUGGACCGUUAAAUCAAAUGAGGGCUCCGAUGUAUGUUUCACAAAACCCCUGACAUAGUGGUUGGAAUGUAAUAUUCAACAGUUUAAAACUCAUUGUAUUGCGUAACCAUGGCUCAGUAUAUGCAUGUUGGCCUACAUUUAGAAUACAAUCUCCUUUUUGUACCCUUCUGCGAAUACUGUAGGAUAGUUACAGGGACUCCGUGGAUCAAUGGAAAAUCUGCAAAUGCAUAAAUGUGUGGGUAAUAUGGACGACUUUUAUAAUUGCCUUGAUGUUCACUUAUGGAGUUUUGUUGUGGGCAAAAUAAUAGCAGUAUGUUAUGCGUCGAGAGGUGGAGCUAUCCAAGGUACUGGCGUAGCCUUUACGCAUCGUAAACCUAUGCUAGCACUUAGGACAUAGACGGGAAUGCACAAGGAAAGGGAUUAUUUAGCAUAAUUUGUGCCAAUUAUCACAAUAUUAAACACUGUGGUUUACAUCAUAUUUAUUUUAAACUAUUAUAGCAGAUUGUUUCCAUUUGAAAAAAAGUAUAUUUUCAUUAAAAAAAUAAUUGUUGCCAUUUUGUUGAUGUACUUGAAGUGACACAAAAAAAUAAUAAGUUAUAAUGGUUUAUUAAUGUAAUUUACCCUAUUUGUGAACUUGUAAUGGUGCAAUAGAUACUGGUCAAAGCUGGUGGUUGUUUUCAGCAUUUGUAGGUGCAUCUCUUCAAUCUACUGUUUCUCUGUGGCUCAGUGCUCUGCAUUGAAACAUUGGAGCCUGAGAGAAGGCCCUGGCAAUAUCAUGUAAUUGUGUUUUAUUUAAACUAGUGCAGCAUUCACUAACAGUAAAGCAUUUACGUUAUUUAGUGUCAAAGUCAGAUGCUAGUGCUUGAAGGAACUGGACUGUUACCCCUACUGAUUGGUUCAGAAGAUGGACUUUUCUUCAUCUGAUGAGCCACCGUGUUCAGUUAGCUGAUCUGUUACUGUGGCUCAUUUGAAUAUGUAUUUUUUAAUCAUACAUGGCUUUCACUUGCACAAUGUGAUUUUAUGUGCUCAGAGCAAUCAGGAACAACUCUGGUAUAGCACUCAUUUCUGGAGAGCUGUUCUCAAACAAACAAUGUAAUGUAAACAAUGCGACGAUGGACAAGUAUUGACAGUUCACUAGUGUAUGUUAUUGCUGUGGAAUUAAAGAACUUGAGAAGUACA